AUGGGCUAUGACAGAGGAGGAAAUUACAAAAAGAAAAAUGAAGCUGCGGCCCCUUCUGAUGGCAAUUAUACUUUGAGGCUUAGAUGCCCAUUUAGGCUGAGAUCAGCUCCGAGUGGUAUUGGUUGGAAGGUGGUGGUUAAAUGUGGGAUGCAUAAUCAUAGACUAGAUAAGGAUAUGUUAGGUCAUGACAUCUUGGGGCGUCUAAAAGAUGAUGAAAGAAAGUUUGUGAAUGACAUGACGAAGUACAAUAUGGCACGAAGGUACAUCGCGCCUGCUUUGAAAGACAAAGACCCAGAAAAUCUCACGAGUAUUACCCAUAUUUACAAAGCUAGAGCAACAUACAUAGUGGACAAGAGAGGUGCACUAACAGAAAUGCAAAUAUUAUUGAUUGAGCCUUAUUCAUCAAGAGAAAUACAUGUGUUGGUAUAG